GAAAGUAAAUGGUCUAGCCCAAAUGAGAAACAGUCAUAUUUAUACCCCGUAAUUCGUGUGCGCAUGUGCGGACAGAUUAGACAACAAACACUCAGAGGAAGAUGGCGUCGUCCAUGAGUGGGAUGUUUGCUGGCCAGCAGCCGCCUGGUCCGCAUCCUGUCGGGGGUCCUACUGGACCCGGUCAACUGGGCUUUCCCGGUACUGCCGCCAGAGCCCAGGGAAACAGCACACUAGUCGAUGAACUGGAGGCUUCCUUUGAGGCAUGUUUUGCAUCCCUGGUAAGCCAAGACUAUGUUAACGGAACAGACCAGGAGGAAAUUCGAACAGGUGUUGACCAGUGCGUACAAAAGUUUCUGGACGUGGCUCGACAGACGGAGUGCUUCUUCCUACAGAAAAGGCUUCAGUUAUCGGUGCAGAAACCAGAGCAGGUGGUGAAAGAGGAUGUGUCAGAGUUACGUAAUGAGCUACAGAGAAAAGAGCUGCUGGUUCAGAAGCAUUUGUCCAAACUGCACCAUUGGCAGCAGGUGCUGGAGGAUGUGAGUGUUCAGCAUCGUAAACCCACAGACCUCCCUCCUCCUGGACCACUGGCCUUCCUGGAACAGGCCUCUGCCAGUUUACCCCCUGCCCCUUUGAAGCCAAACUCACCCCACCCCCCCCCCCCCGCAUUUCCCUUUUGUUGCUGA